CGCCCCAGUGACAGCAUUCAUCCAUUUGAAAAGAUUUAUGUAAGGGGAAGAGGGAAGUCAAGACACUCAAGAACAGAACAACUCAAGAUACAGGAAGAGAAACACAAUGAACGCAUACGUGAAGACAAACACAUUCUACAUUUCAAUCUGGUUUUGGCUCAUUUUAGGUGUUGAAAGCUACAGCGGUUGGUCAAACCAUGUAUUAACUAUUUAUCCUGGAGGAUCUGUCACCAUCCCAUGUUAUUAUGACAAGAAAUACACACAGCAGAAGAAAUCCUGGUUCUCAGAGAUUGAUAAAACAUACACAUACACAAACACAACAGAGCAGAAUCUGUCAGUAAUUGAUCAUCCUGAUCAGAGUCUCUUUACUGUGACUAUGAGAAACCUGCAGAACAAACACAAUGGAGUUUAUUAUUGUGUUGUGGAGACUGGAGAACAACCAUCGAAAAAUAUAAUAUACGAGUGUCAACUCAUGAUUCAGUCUGCUCCUGAUGUAUCUUUGAUGAUCAGCAGUGUAUCUGGACAUGAAGGUGGUGAUAUCAGUGUUCAGUGUCUCUACAGUUCUGGAUAUCAGAAUAAAGUCAAACAGUGGUGCAGAUAUAAAGAUCAGAGAUGUUACACAGUGGGGAGGACUGACACAUCCCAGAAUUCAUCAGUGCAGAUCAGAGAUGAUGAUGGGAGAAGAUCUUUCACUGUGCUGAUGACUGGACUGAGACGGACUGAUUCUGGCUGGUACUACUGCUCUGCUGGAGGCGUAAUUAAUCCUGUUCACAUCACUGUAACGGAGGCAGAACCAGGCACUGUCAGUGACAAAGAAAAUCAAACAGGGAUUUUCAAGAAACAUAAUAAUGAAACAAAAUACACUAAGGAGACACAAAAUAAUGGACUCCUGAUUGUGUGGCUUCUUCCAGCUUUAGCAGCACUUCUGCUGUUAUUGAUUCUGGUCGGUGUUUUCACCUGGAGAUGGAGACGGAGACCCAAACAAGAUAAACCUCACAUCAGAGGGAGAAACGGCAGCAGAACCACUGACAUGAUCUUCUCUAAACCUGAAGAUCCUGUGAUAUAAAUCACUUUAAAUAAUGAAAUCCCACAUGAUCCCAUUAACGACGUAAUCUACUACAGUACUAUUGAUCAUGUUCCUCGGAGUGAAGCAAUGAAGUCUCCAUCAGGUGAAGCAAUAUACAGCAGCAUAAUAUACAGCACUGUGGCUCCACACUAACAGCAACAGAGAGAAUAACACAAGAACAGACCAAGAGAAACACAAUCAGACUGUCAUCACACACCUUUCUAUUUUCUUAAGCUUGUUUUGAUUAAUUUGCUCAUGUGAUGUGAACCUAAUAUUUUAUUUUAAAAUUCCUAAUUAUAUUUCCAAAAGGACCUGUAUGAACAGAUGUGAGGGUCAAGACUAUUAAAAUGUAAAAACAUAAUUGUAAAUGA